UCAACGCGCCAAGCACAUCUCCACUGCGCUUAAAGCUCCACGCAGCUCGCGUCGUUCGCGUGCCCUACCCAACCCAACAGUCAGCACAGCCAUCUAUCGCCAUGGGCGCCGGCGACGACGACACCAAGCCCGCUUCCAUGGAGGUGACCUCCUCCUCCUCCUCCUCUUCCUCGCCGUCGCCGCCAUCGGUGCUGCGUUCCGUGCUGCUGUCGUACGCGUACGUGGGGAUCUGGAUGAGCCUGAGCUUCGCGGUGAUCGUCUACAACAAGUACAUCCUGGACCCCAAGCUCUACAACUGGCCGUUCCCGAUCACGCUCACCAUGAUCCACAUGGCCUUCUGCGCGUCGCUCGCCUUCUUCCUCGUCCGCGUCCUCCGCGUCGUCGACGUCCCGUCGUCGUCGUCGUCCAUGACGCGCCGCCUCUACGUCUCCUCCGUGCUCCCCAUCGGCGCGCUGUACGCGCUCUCCCUCUGCUUCUCAAACUCCGCCUACAUCUACCUCUCCGUCUCCUUCAUCCAGAUGCUCAAGGCGCUCAUGCCCGUCGCCGUCUACUCCCUCGCCGUCGCGCUCCGCACCGACGCCUUCCGCCGCGCCACGCUGCUCAACAUGCUCGCCAUCUCCGCGGGCGUCGCCGUCGCCGCCUACGGCGAGGCGCGCUUCGACGCGUUCGGCGUCACGCUCCAGCUGCUCGCCGUCGCCGCCGAGGCCACCCGCCUCGUCCUCAUCCAGAUCCUCCUCACCUCACGGGGAGUGUCGCUCAACCCCAUCACCUCGCUCUACUACGUCGCGCCAUGCUGCCUCGCGUUCCUCACCGUCCCAUGGUACGCCGUCGAGCUGCCUCGGCUGCGCGCCGCCGCCGCCGGCGCGGGGCUCGUCACAAGCCCCGACGUCGUGUUCGUCUUCGGGACCAACUCGGUCGUCGCCUUCGCGCUCAACCUCGCCGUGUUCCUGCUGGUGGGCAAGACGUCCGCGCUCACCAUGAACGUCGCCGGCGUCGUCAAGGACUGGCUGCUCAUCGCCUUCUCGUGGACGGUCAUCAAGGACACCGUCACCGCCGUCAACCUCGCCGGCUACGGCAUCGCCUUCCUCGGCGUCGCUUACUACAACCACGCCAAGCUGCAGGCGCUCAAGACCAAGGAGGCCGAGAGGAAGGCGGCGGCGACGUCAGCGACCAGGCCGGACGAUGACGCCGAGGCAGGCGCGCGGCUGCUGCUGCGGCCGGACAACAAGGACGCCGGCGGUGAUCACAAAAACUGAUGCACGUAGUCUAUGAGUAUUGGAUAUGUUUUACGGAGUUGUACGUUUGUUCGUCUUUUCGGUAUAGGAUUUUCUUCAAACUUAACUCAUGAUCAGAUGAUUUGAUGCCGUUAUUACGAUUUCGAAUUCUUCAAUCAAUAAUACAGGAAAUGCAAAGGAUA